AAAUUGGAAAGAUUCCAGGUUUAAGACGAAUAGUCAAGCAGAGGAUGCAUUAAGAAAUUUGAAAAAGAAAAGGGUGGCCGGAGGGUGGUUGGAACUUCAAACCAACUUCAUUCCUGUCUGGAUAUGAUCAACACACCACUCAAUUUCAAAAUCUCUCUUUUUUCAACGCAAUCCGCACCUUGUUAUACAGAGAUUUGAACCACAAGUGUGUUACUGAGAUGGCAGGAGUGGUGGUUGUACCAAGAGGAACCGGCUGCGGCGGCGGUUGUGGUGGUGGUGGUGGUCGUAGUGAAAAUGGAACGACAGAAGAAGCUUCUUCCAAACAACACCAGAACCACAUCUCCGUACUCGAGCUCCUCAUAGCAGCUCUGAGAAAAUCAAUGGCGGCUUGCCGAGUCGAUCAAAGAGAAGAAUCGAAAUCAUCAGCUAUUCAUCAAAUGGAAAUUGGAUGGCCGACGGAUGUGCAACAUCUGAGUCAUGUUACCUUUGAUCGAUUCCACGGAUUUUUAGGUCUUCCUGUUGAGUUCCAAGUUGAAAUCCCCUGUCGAGUCCCCAGUGCCAGUGCUAGUGUUUUUGGCGUUUCAGCAGAAUCGAUGCAGUGCUCGUAUGAUUCAAGAGGCAACAGUGUGCCGACAAUUCUCUUGCUCAUGCAAGAACGGUUAUAUGCUCACGGAGGUCUAAAGGCAGAAGGAAUUUUCCGAAUAAACCCAGAGAACAGCCAAGAGGAGCGGGUGAGAGACCAGCUAAACAGAGGCAUGGUGCCUGAAGGCAUCGAGGUUCAUUGUUUAGCCGGUUUAAUAAAAGCUUGGUUCAGGGAGCUUCCGUGUGGCGUGCUUGAUGGGCUUUCUCCUGAUGAGGUUUUACAGUGUAAUACAGAAGAUGAGCGCGUUGAGCUCGUUAAACAGCUCAAACCCACGGAGACCGCAUUGCUCAAUUGGGCUAUCGAUCUUAUGUCGGAUGUUGCCCAACACGAAGAAUCCAAUAAAAUGAAUGCCAGAAAUAUUGCCAUGGUUUUUGCCCCAAACAUGACUCAGAUGUCGGACCCAUUAACAGCUCUAAUGCAUGCGGUUCAAGUGAUGAAUUUGCUCAAAACCUUGAUCACAAAAACGCUAAGAGAACGCAAAGAGAACACAACCAACGAGGAAUUCAACUGUCGAGAAGAGAUCCAAACUAGUUGCGAUCUUAGAAGACGGGGGUCAUCCGAAUCCGAAGAAGACGACAACGAUGAACACAUCCGUUAUGAUCUUUGUGGCAAUAGUGUAGAUGGUGAGAUAGAAGAAAGUUUCUUGAAACAAACGAAGGAGAACAAACCCGCCAAAGAUCGGUUCAAGAAAGAAUGGGAUGAUCAUACGGUAACACCACGAUCCGACCCGACUAGCGGAUAUGAUUUUCGAGAGGAAUCGUUGGUCAUGAGCGAUGGGUGCGUGUCGGGUGGUGUGAGUCGGGUUUCUAAAGAAAGUGAAAAUGGCAAAAAUGGAAUGUAUGAACUGAAUUUGCCCAGCUGACUCAUUCUUGAAAACAUUUAGCAAUCACUGCACAAAUCUUCAAUAUUAACUCCUUGUUUUAAGAUCUUUUCUUGUAGAGAACUGAUAUUAAAUGUGAGAAUAUGUGGAAUUCCAUCAAAUUACUU